AUAUUUGCUAAAUCCGCUCUGCCACUUGCGUCCACCGUUUCCGACCUCCGCUUUCCCUCACAAAUUGAGAAUACCUUAGGCCACAGAAUCCAUCCAUCCUCGAAAUGUUUUUCUGAUUGACACCGGCCCAUCCACACGAACAUCUUCACCAUUACGGCGACCGCGACGACCACAAACCCCCAUCAACCAUCUCGCGCUCGGUCGCUCGACAACAUCACCAUGUUUUCUCCCUCCACGAACGAGGGCGGUCCCGCCACCGCGACGCGAAGCAGAAGAAGGCAGCGACCGGCUAGUAACGAAAGCCUCGCCCAGCAACCCAAAGCUAAGCGCCAACGUCUGCCUCUUACCGAGCAGACCUUCGUCAAUCCAGAUGUGUCCGCGCCCACAGGCCCCGAGAUGUACGAAGUCAAGUCUGACAAAGUUGCGACGCUCGACACACGCCAGGACGGCAUCGAAAACCAGAAUCCCAUCACACCUACCCCGAGAAAAGAGCUCAGCGUGCGCGCAAAGAAGCCCAAGGGAGGCGACAGACCAACCAAGGGCGAUGGAAGUGUUGUUUUGACGACGAACAACGCAUACACCGUGAGCAAAUUGCCAGCACUGCCAGAUCGCCUACGCGCAGAUGCAUCAGCCCAGCAACAGGCCGAUAUUUUCUCGAACCGCUACGCCCUUAGCCUUAGCCAUACUCAUGCGAUUGUUUGGCCUUAUACGGAUCCCUCCCAAUCCCCCGAGACAUUCACUUUCACCCUCCCGUAUCCUUCAAAACACACAUCGGAACCUCUGCCAUUGGGAUGUCUCGUCUCUCCAUCGGCCUCAUCGACGGAGCCCGGCCUGGUUGUUGUUAUGCCCAUUAGCGGUAAGAUCGCGUAUUGGGAAUCCAUCACGAGCGCCGCGACCUUGGAUUUCAUGAAGAAACAGCGAAAUGGCGUGGAAGGAUCGAUAUCAGGCAUGUUUUCUGGCGAGAAAGUCAUACAAAUCACAAACGCCGAGUCCGCCGGAUUUGUUCUGGCCUUUAGCAGUGGCCGACUAGCCUACAUGAGUGUCCGAGACAGCCACGGCAGACCCACGAUUUCGGUCCAAUUCCUUCGAACAAACCUGGGAUCUACAGCUGGUGGAAUUUUCGGCAGCAUUCGUCACGCCUUGACGCAGACGGCAGGGCGCGGGGAUAUCGCUGCCGUACGGGCAGAGCGCACCUCUCGAGUCGGCGAACGUAACGUCGUCGCGGCUACGUUGAAGGGCAGACUCCACGCUUGGAAUGUACACCGCGGUGGACACCAUGACACGAUUGUGGAAGCAGACAUGCAAGAAGAGAUUAUCCAGGCGAUUCGCGAUGUUGACCCCUCAGCUACCGACUUCCAGCCGGAGACGUUCGAGGUUGUCGACUUUGCUUUCGUUCCCAAGGGCUUGGAAGCCAAGUAUCGGGACAUGAGCAGACUCAGCAACGCCAUGGCUUCGGAAGACAAGAACCUACAGCAUCUCUUACUUCUCGCCAGCUUCACCAAGAAGAAGGAGUCGCAUUACUCUUUGGUUGAGGUCAUCCUUUCCCCAGCCUCCGCGCAAGUCGGCAUGGUUCGUCCGAUUUCCUCAUACAAAGCGCGCUUCAAUCCUGCGAACCCUGUGCAGUCCACCAGGCCUCGCUUACAUCUCCCUCGACCGGCCCUUGUAGCUUUUGUCGUUUUCGACAAGGCUGUAGUUGUGGCAUCUAUCGGCAACCCUCCGGAAUCACCAGACGCCCAGCUCCAAGAGGAUAACCACAUAAUUCCUCCCACUUACGAGGAUGUCAUCACUCUUUCGGAUAACAAUCAGUCAGAGAUCUUGGGAUCUGGUUUUGAAGAGCCUCAGACGGCGAAUGCUGGCCAUGAAGAGUCGAGGAGCCGUCAAAAGACGAAGAACCCAGCAGUCGUUCUGAUGGUCCGCGGUACCGGUAUCGUGCGACUAACAACAACAGACAUAGACAGAUUUGGUAGUGACCAGCCGCCCAAGGUCACGCCAAAGAGCAAGCUUGAGCAAGCCGUCUUUUUUGGGAACAAGCAAGAUACCCCCUUGAUUUUCGACGGAAGGAAGGGCGUUCAAUUUUCGGAUGAGGAGGUCUCUGAAGCUGCGCUACAACUCAGCCACGAAAUCAUGAGCUCAUCGACAUCGCACAUUUCAUCUCUACCGGCAUCUCUGGAAGACAACCUCAGCACCCGCUGUCAGACUCUCGAUCGGUUGAUGUCUCACCUAAAGACAACAAAGGUCAAGCUGGACCGUCGCACUCGUUGGCUUCUGCUUUCGCAUGCCGAAAAGAUGAUGGUGGCAACAGUUUUAUGGAAGCGCCAUGAGGCCUUUACGAACGAGCGACCUGCCAACGACAAGAAGGACCUGAUUGCCGAGAUUGUCGAGUUCAUUCACCAAGACGAAAAGACGAACCCGAACCGCAGCGUAGGCGAAGUCGAUCGCGUCAGGCAUUGGUUCGUCCAUGACGUUGGUAAGCUUGAGAUCUUCAUCGCCUGGGCCUACGAAGUGAUCAAGUACAUGUAUAAAGACCACAUCAUGGACGAUGCCAAAAUUACUCGACUCAUGUACGAGGCUCAGCAAGUCAAUCUGGUCGCCCUCAUGACAGCGCUAGAGUACCGGCAAAAGAAGCUCUCUUUCUACGGCCUCGAAGACGAAGAGCUGCAAUUCGGCAUCUUGCGCGACAACUACGAUGGUCUCGCGGAACCUUGGACCGGAUGCCAUUACAUCUGUAACAACCUGAAGCGGCUGCUUGAGCUGAGUCACACGUGGCUUGAUCAAUACUACCCUCCCAAGGAGAAGACCAAGGACAAGGCUAAGCAGCCGGACCCUGCGCUCCUGGAGAAGAUCAACUCAGAGAUUGCAAAUUUGAGCGACCUGUACCUCGUGUCGCUACUCGAGGCAUCUCGAUGGAACGCUGUACAGCAGGACGCCAAGGCGCAGAAGUGGUCAGAGCAUCUCUCCAAGCUCUACGAUUCGGACCGAAACGACAAGGUUCUCUCACUUCUCCGCCUCGGCAAGUGGGACGAGAGUAUCAACAUUGCCGAGAAGCACCGAUGCUGGAGAGCACUGGCUUUGGCUAUGAUUGAACAGAUCAACAGUCUCAGGAGUGAGGCGACAGUAUCACGGUCACAAGUCGAUGCUCGCGAACUCACUAAGCAAGCGGAGCUGAAAGAGAAGCAAAUUGGUGUGUACUUUGACAAGUAUGGCGAGGCUUUUGCGUUCCCCACGUACGACAUUCUGCUCGACAAUGCCGGUGUUCAGGCCGUGUUGGACUUCAGUCACGACAACCAUGGAUACAGGACAAACUUCCUACGCAACAAACCUGAACUCGCCAAGAUUUCGUGGAUCAACGACAUCCAACGUGAGCGUGACAUUGAGCAUGCGGCGGAGACUCUUUUCGACCUUGGCAUCACCCGCGAGCAGCAGGUCUGGAACAAGAAGAUCGAACUCAGUCUCGGGAAGCUAGCUUUGUUAGCUGAAUCUGAGAAGCCUGCCUCGUCCGAUCUCUUCAGCCUCAAGAACGCCAACGUUGAGGUUGAGGGAACAUCCGACGAAAAGAUUGAGAUCAUCGACGAUCAGCUUCGUAUCAUCAAGAUUCAAGAUCAGCUCUACGCCCAGAUCUUCCCUUCUGUUCAGAUGGCUGUAGAUGAAAGCGCCGAGCUGCAACUGGCCAUGGAAAAUCACUGUCUUCAUCUCCCAAAGAAACAAAAGGCACUGAUCCAGGUCUUCGAGAGCAGCAUGAGAAGGCUCCUUAAGCACGAGGCUCUUGAUGCCAUGUCCCUCAUUGACCUACUCACUCUUAUUCAGCUACCAGCUGAGACAGCCGCCGACAUUGACGAUCCUUUCUAUCUGGCUCUUGAGGCCGCCUCAUUAGGCCUGAAGGGCGAGGAGCUGAAGGAGGCCAAGCGUUUGAUUUGGAGACGCUGCUUUAUCCGCGAUGACUGGACCAAGCUUAACGACACCCAAUUGAAGGACGAUUCGUUUGUUGGAGAGAAGUUGACCAGGACUACGCUCUUCAGUGCUUUCAUUUCGUGCUACCAAAAACGUAGGUAUCAUCGAUUCGCUCGCACGAAACCAGUCGCUAACUACCAAACAGAGAGAAUCGAUGAGCCGUUCCAGCCAACAAGACCUUCCGACGCGUUGGGAGCAUUCGUGGAGGACCUUGACGGCCGCUGGGCCAGCUGGGAGAAGUCUUACAGGGACAAACUCCUGGAUGCAAUGAAGUGGGAGGACUCGGUCCUGCGCAAAUACAUCGACAAGGCGCGUUUGGAAGAAUGGACUCGCACGACGGCCGAGUCUGCCGAGUCGUUGGUUGCGGAUACGGUGGACGAGGCUACUCGGGCCGCUACGGAGGACAUUCCGGAUCUGCAGACGAAUGGUAAGGCGAAUGGCUUGCACUAGGAUGUGGAGGCAUUUCAGCAACAAGAUGGUGUGCUCUACUUGUCUGGGUCAAGCAUCUCGUCAAAGAACUCCAAGUUCGGUGCUGGGUGGGGAUCCUUAUUCUGAGUAUGGGUUACAAGGUCGUGCAACAUCUCCUCGUCAAUGAGGAUUGUUAUUUCUUUAGUUCUGGGGACUUUGGGGAAGUCGGGUUUUGGGUGUAACUUUAACAGCUCUCAAUGAGGCUGAGGCAUUGGUUUUUUUUGACUUUCCUUUACAUGAGCCCGAAGAAAUGUGCCAUGGCACUUGGACUCCUUUUUUCUUCUACAUCAAUAACGAAUCGGAAGGGGCGUGGGAGAGGCAGGGACAUUCACAAAAAUCAGAAGUUGAGGGAUGCAGGCAGACAGACAUGCAAAGCAAGCAAUACGACGAUUCAGAUUACCAGAUAAAAAAAUACACGAUUGGGGCGGGCUUGCCCAUCUUAUUUCGA